GACAAACAUUUCGUGACAGGGACACAGGUUAUGUGACAACGACAGUAAAAAUAUAAAGACGUCACGUCGACCAACAUGUUUUUUGUUCAAAAUUUAAAUAUAAUUCCAAGAUUUUUCUCCAAAAACCCUCAUUUUCUUCAACCAAAAACUGGCUCUCGCACUUUGAGCACAGAUAGUGACCCAUCCGGAUCAAAUAAAUGCAAAAAAGAUGAAAGCAAAAUAAAUGCAGAUCCCGUACCUAUAAAACAGGAGACCCCGGAAGAUACCAGAGUAAGACAGUUACAAAAAUGCCGAAUAUCUAUUAGGGAACCUGACGAUAUCAUGCUCAUUUCUGGACUGCCGGCCAAAUACGUAGCUUGUAAAAGAACUGCCAGGAUAUAUCAGCCAAGGAAGAACGCCAUGCAGAGCGGUACUCGUGGUUUGGACCACUGGGAGGUCGACUUUGACACUAGGGAACGAUGGGAGAACCCACUGAUGGGCUGGAGUUCUUCUGGCGACGCCAUUUCCAACAUCAAACUAAAUUUUGCCACGAAAGAUGAAGCUAUAAACCACUGCAAGAAGAACCAUUUGAAGUACUGGAUACAAGAGAGUAAAACGCAGAAGAAAUUCAAAACGAGGAGCUAUGCUAUAAAUUUCCAUUAUAAAAACAGAACCAGGGUUAGCACCAAAUAAUUUGUAAUAAUUUAUUUAAAAAUAGAUUUUAGUAAAUACAGA